AUGGAGCUCGUCAACAAGGAUUCCUUUGAGCUUCACCAGCGGGAUUCCUCAAGAGAUGAGGGGGAUGUUGAAAUAGGGAUGCAUCAGCCCGACGCCUCUGAUAAUUUGAAAGGAUUCUUCAAGAAGGUUGAUGGAAUUGAGAGCCUAAUAGCUAACUUGACGAGUCUCUUGACUAAGCUCCAGACUGCAAACGAGGAAUCAAAAGCAGUUACAAAAGCAAGCGCCAUGAAAGCAAUUAAGAAGGAAAAGGAGAAAGAUAUUGAUGAAGUGGUGAAAAUUGCUCGUAUGGAAAAAACAAAACAUAACUUAUCUAACAUGGAGAAACCUGAAUGCGGGAAGGGCUCUGCGGUAGAUCAAUUAGCCGAUUCCUUCUGCUAA